CUCGCCCAACGCGUCAUCCCCUCACCUCGCCAUCUCCAUCAGCUCCGUCCAUCUGCGCUCGCGACACCGUCGCUCUCCUGGCAUGUUCGCCGGCGCAUUCUCCUACCUCGGCGGCCUCGCCACCUUUGCGCAGGUGCUCUUUGCCCUGCCUAUGGCGCUCGACCUCCUCGGCCCGCCAUCAUUCCUCCUCCUCUCCCUGCUCUUCACUCUCCACCACUUCGGUUACAGCACGCUCCGCUUGCUCCUCAAAAACACCGUGUUUGCCCCGCUCAUCACGGUGCUGAGCUUCCUCUCACCGCUCAUCAGCGGCCUCUGCGUCCUCCUCACCUUCUACUACUACCUCUCACCCCCUGAAAAUAGCCGCUUCGGCCACGUCCUCGUCAACGUCCUGCCCUACCUCUACGCGAGCGUGCUGCGCUGGGUCUCGCCGCUUUUCACGCUCAUCGAAGGAGUGUCGACCCUCCUCGUCAUCCAGAUCACGGGCCGCAUCGGCAAGGGCUGGACGGCCGAUGACGACAAGGAGGAAGGCUUCGAAUGGCGCGGCCUCGUGGGCCUCGUCUUCUCAUCGCUCGUGUACUCUGGCGCCCUCUGGCUGCUGGUGUACGCGUUCCCGGACCAUGCGUUCCCCGCGUUUCUCCUCGGCGUUGCGCUGGCCACGACCGUUUUCCUGAGUGUCACGGGAUUCACGUUGCGACGGACGAACGUGAUUGAGACGGCGUUUGUGCUCCUUUACGUUGCAUACUCGGCCUGGCUGUCGGGCGUGGAGAGUGCCAUGGAACCCCGUCAAUUCGGCACCGGCUGGCUCUCUCAUGACUGGGCCGUGCCCAAGUCCGUCUCCGCGCCCUCUGUCAACGCGUUGGCGCACUACGCCAUCGGAUCUGCGCUGGACAGCAUAUGGGCCGUGGCUGGCGCGCUGCCUCCGCACCUUCUCCUCUCGCUCAUCUACCGCGUGGUAGUCCUGCACUUCGCGGCGCGCAUCGUCCCCAUGAUUCGACGAGGGUGGGAGGAUGGAUCCGACGCCUCCCCGAACUUCUGGGACGGCCGAAGCCUUGGCGAGGAGCCCACCAACAUGCGCAUCACCACCAUUGUUCUGAGCUACCGCCGCGCCAUCCUCAUCGCCGUGUACACCCAUCUUCUCUUGCUCGACGCAGGGUCACAAACGUGGUGGCGGUGGGUCAACAUUGCCCUCUUCCUCGCUGUCUGGAGUCUCGAGCUGCUGCUCGACCCUGACGACGACGCAGAGAGCGUCAAGCCCUGGAAGACCGACUAGCAUCAUACACUACAAGUACAUGCAUUCUAGCAUUCUAUUUCGUGAGCG